AUGAGUUUAUGCGACCUAUGCAGAGAAAUACCAUGGGGGAAUCUACCCACAGCCCCACCAGAAUCAUGGCCGUCAAGCAGCGGAUAUCCAUAUCUCCAAGACUUUCACCACUGGCCCGAAGAUAGCCGAGGCUAUCUACAUCAUCAGAGCCUGGAAGCUCUACGAAACGCUGCAAACAACCAAGGCUGCGGUAUCUGCUCCUUGAUUCUCACUCAAGUCGAACUAUGCCAGUCGGAGCUUGAGGAGUUGAAGCCCCAGUGGGAUGCGGGAACGAUAAUGGAGUAUGGUUGGCCGCUAUGGGAAAUGUGGAUUGUUAAGAGAGGAGUAGGGGGAAAUGGAUUUUGGGUCAUGAGUACAACGAAUGACGAGAAUAAGCGAAACGUCCGGCUUGUGGCGGCCAUUGGGCUUUGUGUAGACGAUGGUGAUCCCCUGGCCCAGAUCAUUCGCGGACGACCUGUUGAGCAGCAUGGCGGAACUGCGAAGGCUAUAUCAAGGGCUCAUGACUGGGUAAACGAAUGCAACGAGCAUUCCAAAUGCAGCCCUGGAGAGACGCUGUUGCCGUGUCGAGUCGUUGACGUGGGCAAUGAUAUCGACAGCCCGUAUGCGAAGCUCCGGGAAACAGACGGACAGGAACGUGGAAAAUACAUAUCUCUCAGCUACUGCUGGGGCAAAGCGCCGCAAUUUACUACCACCAAAGCAACCCUUGAGGAGCGCAAACGUCAUAUCACCAUCUCUCAUCUGUCGCAAACGCAUCAAGAUGUAAUAAAACUAGCACGUGAACUAGGUGUGAGAUAUCUCUGGAUAGACAGCAUCUGCAUCUGUCAAGGCGACUACGACGACUGGGAGCGAGAAUCAGCAAAAAUGCUCUCUAUCUAUGCAAACUCUUACCUAACAGUUGCUGCCUCGAAAGCAAAAGAUCACUCUGAGGGGCUUUUCAGCGAGACAAAGGCAAGGGAAUACAAGAUGUUUGACUAUACAUCAGGAGAGCUCAGUGGACAGGCCAUGGCGUUCAAUCUUCCGCUCGACCAAGAAUCUGGUGCUAGUACUUAUAUAAGCUUACCGGAUGAACCACUCUCUGACCGGGGCUGGGCCCUUCAAGAAAGAGUGCUGUCGUGCCGAACUUUGCUUUAUACAAAACAGCAGAUGUUCUUUGAGUGUAGUAAGGGAUUUCGCGGGGAGGAUGGUACGGUUCUCGAUUGGAGAUUUGAGAACGUGCAUGAUAUGCCAAGUGGGCAGGAUGAAACCAGAGAGACUAACGAUGAAGAGGAACAAGAUGAUCCCAAGGCGAGACUGUAUCAAUCAUGGUACAGUCUGCUCUGGCUCUACGGCCCUCGAAAAUUGACACAAGCCUCGGAUAAACUACCCGCCAUCUCUGGCCUAGCGAGCAUCUUUGCGAAACGUCUCGACGACGAGUAUGUCGCUGGUCUUUGGCGAUCAAGACUGUUGGAAGGACUACUCUGGCAGGGUCUGAGUUGCAGACGUGUUCCAGAAUUGAGAGCGCCAUCUUGGUCGUGGGCAUCCAUGGAUGGAAUUCCAGGCACUGGCAUCAGAGAAGAUUACGAAGAAAUUGCCAAAGUUCUCGACGUAAAGAUCAACCUGAAAGGUACAAACAUCUACGGCGAGGUCACAAGCGGGAGGUUAACGAUCCAGGCGCCGAUGGAGCGAUUGUACCUCAAUGUCAAAGACUGGGAUCCUACGAAACCAGGAUAUGCUUACGACAAUAAUCCUCCGAUCCGUACAGCAAAUGACGAGACACAUUCACGGUUCGACUUUGACUUCGGGGCUGAUGAUGCGCCGCAGGAAGCACUGAAGAUAGUGAAGAGUCUGGAAGGGAAGGAGUUCUUUGCGCUCGUCCUGCUGAAGGUAAAGCACAGGGAUGAAUGGACUUAUUAUGCUAUACUGGUUAAAAAGGUGGAGGUGGGUGAAGAGUAUGAGAGGUUGGGGUUUGGGUUCCUCGACGAGAAGGCUCUGGGACGUCGACUGGAGCUUGAAGCACAGGAUGAGUUUCCGGUUAUCACGCUUGUGUAA